CUCCGGCUUCCUGGCGCGGGGCCUUAUGGGAUCUGUAGUGUCCCGCGCACCACAUCCUCCUCAGGCACCACCGCGAGGGCAGCCCGAGCGCUCCCUCUGGAGGACAGCCGUUACCCCGGCCGGGUUACCCUGCGCAUCGUGGGCAGUGGCGGCGGCGCCUACAGCCCUCACCCCCGGGGACAGCUCCCCGGCCAGUGAGCCCCCUGUGGGGUGGGGGGCAGCGGAGGCUCGGGUCCGCCCCGGGACCCGGCGCUGAGGAAAAGGCUACGCGCGCUGGGCCGGGGCGAUGAGGCCAAGAAGAGCGCGAGCGACCGGGCGCCGCCGCCGCUAGCCCAGGCCGGUCGCCCGCCCCAAGCCUCCCCCGGGUCGGGCCUCGCGCCCACGGCGACUGCGACGCCGGCGCUCCUGGUGGCAGUGGUGGCGGCGCCGAUCGAAGCGGAGCCUGAGGCAGCCGUGGCUCCCGGCUCGGAGGCCUCCCGGGUCUGCCCGCUUCCGCCUCCCGGGCCGCGGAGGAUGCGUUCGCGCCGCCGGCGGCGGCGGGCCAUGGACCUAGAGAACAUCAUGGCCAAUGCGGUGCUGCUGAAGGCGCGUCGAGGACUAGGCGAAAAGAAUUGUCGUAGUAAAAGAUGGAAGGAGAUCCUGAAGUUGCCCCCAGUCAGCCUGUGCACUGAGCUAAGAUACUCCAUCGAAAAGGAUUAUAACAGCCUGUGUGACAAGCAGCCAAUAGGAAGACUUCUUUUCAGACAAUUCUGUAAUACAAAACCAGAUCUAAAGAGGUGCAUUGAAUUCUUGGAUGCAGUGGCAGAGUAUGAUGUUACCACUGAUGAGGAGCAGAGAGAUUAUGGACUAUCGAUCUUAUAUAGAUUCUUUGAUAGUAAAGGGAUUCAGAAGUCAGCAGACUCCUUAUCACAACUACUUUCAGAUAAUGUGAAAGACUGUAAAUGGACUCUGAAGCACAAAGCCUCCUUUAAGAAUAUCUUUGAAGAAUGCACUCAAGUUGUCCAUAACUAUUUGAGUGAAACACCAUUUAAAGAAUACCAAGACAGUUCAUAUUUUUCUCAGUUUUUACAAUGGAAAUGGCUGGAAAGGCGCCCAGUAACAAAGAAAAUGUUUAGAUAUUUCAGAGUUCUAGGGAAAGGUGGAUUUGGAGAGGUUUUUGCCUGUCAAGUACGAGCUACAGGAAAAGUGUAUGCCUGCAAAAAGCUAGAAAAAAAAAGAAUAAAGAAGAGGAGAGGUGAGGCUAUGGCUCUGAGAAAAAGAAUCUUAGAGACAUUGCAUAGUGGGUUUGCAGUUAGUUUAGCCUACACUUUUGAAACUAAAGAUGCCUUGUGUUUGGUGCUAACCAUCAUGAAUGGAGGGGAUUUGAAGUUCCACAUUUACAACCUGGGUAACCCUGGCUUUGAGGAGCAGAGAGCUGUGUUCUAUGCUGCAGAGCUGUGCUGUGGCUUGGAAGAUUUACAGAAGGAAAGAAUUGUAUACAGAGACCUGAAGCCUGAGAAUAUCCUCCUCGAUGAUCGUGGACACAUCCGAAUUUCAGAUCUUGGUCUAGCCGUGGAAAUCCCAGAAGGGGAGAUGAUUCGAGGGAAAGUUGGGACUGUUGGCUACAUGGCUCCGGAAAUUAUCGAUAAUGAAAAGCAUACAUUUAGUCCUGACUGGUGGGGACUUGGCUGUCUGGUAUAUGAAAUGAUUGAAGGGCAUUCUCCAUUCAGAAAAUGGAGAGAGAAAAUUCCCCGGGAGGAACUGGAGAGAAGAUCGAAGAAGGAAGCUGAGGAGUACUCUGAGAAGUUUUCAGAGCACGCCAAGUCCUUCUGCAAGAUGUUACUCAUCAAGGAUCCAAGUAGUCGGCUAGGCUGUCAGAGUGGCGGAGCUGCGGAAGUGAAGCGGCACCCUGUGUUCAAGGACAUUAACUUUAGCAGACUGGAAGCACAUAUGUUAGAUCCUCCUUUCCGUCCUGAUCCUCAGGCCGUUUACUGUAAGGAUGUCUUGGAUAUUGGGCAGUUCUCCAAGGUGAAAGGAGUCAACCUGGACACCACAGAUGACACCUUCUAUGCUCAGUUUGCUACAGGGUGUGUCACCAUCCCCUGGCAGAAUGAGGUGAUUGAAUCCGGAUGUUUCAAGGAUCUUAAUGAAAGUCAAAAUGAGGAUAAUUUGUCAGCAAAAAAAGGAGAGAUGAUAUGUCCCUUCAUUCUCAGACCAAAGAGAAGUUUCUUCCGGAGUCUCUUGAGAAGAGGGGUGAUGGCUCCUGUGUUGGUGACAAAACAGUUUGAGCUAGCUCAGAAGCCACAUCUAGUGGAACGCCCAUCAACAGUGCAUUUUGUUUAAAUCCUCCAUAUUCUGAUUCCUGCCAUGUGCCAACUCUCACAAGAAAAGCAGGUUCCCUUUUAAAAAUGAAUCAUUUGGAGAGACUUUCUGAAGUAGCAUUUUACUUUGUUUUGAGACAGGGUCUUCAUGUAGCCCCAGCUGCCCUGGAACUCACUAUAUAAACUGGG